GCGGGCAAUGCGAGCAUCCAGACAUGCCGAACUUUUGGGAAUAUUUCGGCGUCGGUGGUGGAGGCGGCGGCGGCGCAAGUCACCGCAACCUGCAGGACGGCCUCUUCCAGAUCGCUUCCCAAACUUGUAGUCUGCUCGUCCAGGUGAACAACACCAAUAACAUCACCAUCGGUGAUCACACGACGAGCGUCCACUGCAAUACAAACGAAGCCGCAACCGUCGCCAACAAUGGUACAAGCACCAACGACAAGGAUCAACUCCUGGUACUGAUACCACCCACUAAUGGCUUGGCCAGGUACAAGCCUACGGGAAGCACUCUAAGAAAACCCAGGCUCUCUACUGUUUUGGAAGGCCCUGUAUUAAGCAAUGAUGAGGAGAGUGAUCUCUGGAACCACGGCUAUGUCAUGCCGACUGAUCACAAUAACAGUCCUGCUCGGAGAUGGGGCAAUAAGGGCUCAUGGUGUCGACCCUCAUGCAUACCCAUUUCCAUAAUACUCAUAUUAAUAUUCCUUGUGGUCCUUCUGCCAUUGCUUGAUCAAGCAACUGAAAAGGCUCUCCAAAAACUCAAUGCACCAGCACAAGAAAAUUGCCAAAAUACUUGCAGAAUUCAAUUGGUGGAGAGCAUUCCUGAUGGUUUGGUAUAUCCAGAUGGGAGCACACCACACUUGAGUACUUAUGACGCUUGGAUGUAUUUGAUAAAUGAGGCUAAAGAAACUAUAGAGAUUGGAUCAUUUUAUUGGUCUUUACGAUUGGACGAAAUCUAUCCGGAUCCCACUUCCAAAAAGGGUGAUGAUGUAUUUAAAGCAUUGUUAAAAGCUGGAACCCAACGGGACAUUAAGGUGAAGAUUGCGCAGAGCGCACCCAGCAAGAAUCAACCGAACACUGAUACCGAGUAUUUGAUGCUGAGGAAGGCGGCUGAGGUGAGAAGCCUAAAUUUCGAGCAACUCAUGGGCGGCGGCGUUCUACAUUCUAAACUGUGGGUGGUCGACAGACGGCACUUCUACGUGGGCAGCGCUAAUAUGGAUUGGAGGGCUUUGACACAGGUGAAAGAGAUGGGCUUGCUUGCAACGAACUGCUCUUGUUUAGCAGAGGAUGUCGCUAAGAUCUUUGACGUGUAUUGGAUGCUGGGCAUGAAGGCCGCAAAGAUACCAGAUAUGUGGCCAAAGGUACUUGAAACCGAGAUAAAUAUGGAAUCACCCAUGAAUUUGAAUCUGGAUUUGAACCCAACCGAAACGUACAUAGCAAGUUCACCGUUACCCUUCUCUCCGGCAGGCCGUACUUUCGAUCUCGAUGCUAUAAUCAAUGUAAUGCAAAAGGCGGAGAAAUUCAUCUACAUCGCUGUCAUGGACUACGUACCUUUAAUAGUGUACGAGCCCAAGGUGAGCUAUUGGUCUGUUCUGGACAACGCACUGAGAUCUGCGGCUAUCGAUUCCGGGGUCGAAGUAAGACUUCUGGUCAGCCAGUGGAACCAUACCAGAUCGUCUCAACAGUACUUCCUCAAGUCUCUCGCGGACAUUACCGACUCCUACCCGAAAGUGUCCAUCAAUAUUCGAAAAUUCGAAGUACCGGCAAAUGCAGAGCAAGCAAAGAUUCCGUUCGCUCGAGUCAACCACAAUAAGUACAUGGUAACAGACAACACGGCCUACGUCGGCACCUCCAACUGGUCCGGAGACUACUUCACCAAUACGGCUGGUAUAGGUUUCGUUCUUCAUGAAAGUAAUCAUUACGACAAUGAGAGCGGAAACGCAAACUCCACCACAAUAAGGGCGCAACUCCAAGCGGUCUUCGAGCGCGACUGGAAUUCUCAUUACUCGCAUCCGAUUGGCGUUUAAAAAUAUAGAACUAGUUAAUAAGCAAUAUACAAGGUAGGAUAAGUUAACAAGAAUAUAUUAAAAAAAAUAAAGAUAUACAUAAAAAAUAAAAA